UAAAAAGGACUGAGAGGUUGGACUAUAAAAAGGAAGGAUUUGAGAGCGUUCACAUCUCCUCUCCGGAUCUCCUCUCACAGGGUUGAUUAAGUCUGUUUUCCUCUCUGUUCAUGAUGCGGCUUUAUGGAGCUCUGAUCCUGUUCAUGAUUCUGUCCACAGCAUGUGGAUUGAAAUGCUACACGUGUGUAACUCCUCACCCUACACUCUGCAGACGGAUUUCAACUUGUCCUGAACCCCUGGACCGUUGUUUUGCCGUCAAUGUCUCAGGUAUCCUCACUAAGGGCUGUCGAAGAAGUAUUAACUGUGUAAGACGUACGCAUUGCUGUGAGGAGGACUUGUGUAACAGCACCAUACCCACUGGUCCCAGUGCCAUCCUCCUGCUGGUAUCCUCAGCCAUCACUUCACUCUUUCUCUGAGGCUCUGGAGCAUCUACAGCUGAGAAUAUCAAAAUACUUUUUUUUUUAUAAAACAAAUUUGUAUGACUCAAGACCAAUAAUAGAUUAAACCUAAUAAUUUACUGAAUAAAACCACUAUAUGAUGAACUAUUAAUUUGUUUAAUUCCCAUGGUUCUUCUUUUUAGUUCCUUAGGUUUAACAUUACUAUUUCAAGCAAUAUAUAGCCUAGCUUUGUUAUGAAGCCAUAAUUAGAAAGUUGAGCGACAAAACAAGACUUAGAAUAUGAGUAACUGUGUGCAAAUCAAUAAAUUAUAUUGUUAAUUGUUGAUCCUGAAGAUUAUUGAAACAGACCACCAUGUGUUUUGUUAUUUUUAACACUUACAACUGCAAAGUGCUCAUAACUCUCCCUGGCAGACUUAAGAGAAACUAAAGGAACUCAUGUUGAAAUAAACUUGCCCCCAAACUUUAA